AUGGGGCAUGCUCAACAGGUCGAUCAAGUGCUUCUGCCGGACUGGCCGGCGAAGGUGUUCGAGCACCCUCAACGCGAGUGGAUCUGGUUGACUGGUGUUGCAUGCCAGGACCUCCCUACGCUCUUUGCGUUUGAGUCUGAAGCCAUCAGACUGCAAAGCAGCCCGCGGCUCCCGAGUGAGGACCCUGUAUUGGGUUUUGUCCCAGAGCCACAGACGAGCACUCUCGUUCCCUUGCAGUUUGCGCUCAUGUCAUACAAUGUUUUGACACUCUAUGACCCCAAACGAGCUGGUCAGCCACAGCUCGGAGUGGGCAUGCGAGUCAGAGCCAAGAGGGACAUCAUUAAGCGGCAACUGCAGGAUUUCCUUAUGCUGCAGGCGUCCGCGGAGGAAAACGGACAUCACGGUGUGGCGCUCUGGGUUUCCAAGCGUCCUCCUUAUGCUUCUGUUCGGGGCAAGGACCUGGUUUUCCGCAAAGAGCACUGCUGUGUUGUUGGUUUUUCAAGCCGACACCUGGUCGUUCAGUUCACGGCUCCACUCAUUUCUUGGACUGUCCUGGUAGCACAUGCGCCAUCAGAGCCUCCGGCUCCACCGGGGACAUCCAAAGCCUUCUGGGCACAAUGCAAGAAGGACCUCGAGCGUAGGCCCAAAGGUUCGGACAUCAUUGUCUUGACGGAUGCCAAUGCCUGGCUCGGUUCUCUCGUCUCGCCCUCCGUCUCCGACCUGGACUUGGAGCCGGAGAACCUUUCUGGUGAGCAAUUUCACCAUUUCCUUGCGGAGAUGGAUCUGUGGGUCCCGUCCACGUUCAGAUCCUGCCAUUCCGGCCCCAGUGGAACCUGGACGGCACCCACCGGACACGAGCACCGCCUUGAUUAUGUGGCUGUUCCUCUUGGAUGGCCGUCGGAUGCCGUCGCCUCAUCUGUUCUUGUAGACUUUGAGUCUCUCCAGGUGGGCCAAGACCAUAAGCCAGUUCUGAUGAGAGUUGGUUUGAUCGCCAAAACAGGAGCCACCAAGAGCAAAGGCGCCUACAAAAGACAGGCCCUGCGGCCGACAGCAGAUGCCUAUUCCCCAGCCUACUUGGCGGCCCUGGCCAUGAUGCCCAGUAGUCCAGGUCUUGCCUGUGACACAUGUGUGGAUCGCCACUAUGUUACCCUUGUGGAAUCCUGGAACAGGGCGGGACAGGUCUUACAGGCACAGGCCGCUGCCAAGCCUCAACAAGAAUACAUACAGCCGCACACCAUGAGUAUAGUUCAUGCGCGCAGGGGCUUGAGGGAGUUCCUUUCCUUGGAGAACGGAGAACUUCGAAGGCGUCGUCUUCUGUUGGGCUUUGCCGCCUUUCUUCACCUGCGAGGUCAUACUUCCUUUCCGGCAGCUGCAGUGACCAGAUACUCGGAAUGGUUCAGCUACAGCCAUCGUCGCAUUGCGAGCGCCCUACGUAUGGUGCGACUUGUGGGCUUUCACUUACGCCAAGCUGUCCGUGCAGAUCGGGCGGCCUACUUGGACGGCCUAGUCCGCAACAUCACCUUGUCGGACAUCAAGGACCCCAAGCACCUGUUCAGUGUUCUUGCCCCGGAUGUAGCUUCCCAACCGGAGCUUUGGCGCGCUCAUUUUGCAAGCCUCGAGGCAGGUGAAAAGCUAGAGCCAGGACAGUAUGCUGCCGCGUUCCGAAACCAACGCAGCGCCAACCUGGAACGGAAGCCGCGUUUUGAUUUCCGGAUUGUGCCCUCAUUGACGACGGUGGAGCAGUCCAUUUUAUCUUUGAAACGUGGCAAGGCUUGCGGACAAGACGGGCUCACAGCUGAACUACUCCGCAACAGCACCGCUUUGUCGGCGAGAGCACUGCUUCCCGUCUUCGUCAAAAGUAUACUAGGGGCACAGGAGCCAGUUGAGUACCGGGGUGGCGCGCUCAUGCCUUUGGCCAAGAAGGCGUCUUCAGCAUUCUCCUGCGCCAAAUUUCGUGCAAUCCUUUUGUCCUGCGUGCCCAGCAAGAUGCUUCACAAGCACGUCCGUACUUGUCUCAGCGCCCAUUUGUCGCCAAGUGCUCUUCAGGCUGGGGUGCUCCCAGGCGUCAGUACGGAAUCCAUCGCUCUGGCGGCCAGAGCGUUUCAGUCCUUCUGUCACUGUAAUGCUCAGCCCUGGGCACUUCUGUUCUUCGAUGUGCGUUCGGCCUUCUAUAGAGUUAUAAGACAGCUUUUGUUGCCAGUCGGGGACUCUGACAGUGCCCUUCUCAGCCUCUUCAGCCGCUUACGCUUGCCCCCGGCUUUUAUCGAGGAGCUCAGGGACCAUCUUGCCCGGCUUGCGACUGUUUCGCAAACGAGCUGCAGCGACAAUUUGCGCAAGGUUGCAACAGACGUGCUUCAGGGUACUUGGUUCAGGUUGGAUCAAGAUACUGCGCUUACGCUCACUCACUGCGGGACCAGACCCGGAGACGGGUUAGCCGACAUGUUUUUCGGGUUUGCGUUUAGCGCGUAUCUAAAAGCGGCGGACCAGGCUUUACAGGAGCGUGGUUUAGACACCCGCAUGCCCGAGCCCAAGCACGCUGAACCGUGGCCUCUGGAAUCCCUACCUCCCACGAUAGGGGCGGGCUCAUGGGCGGACGAUUUCGUCCACCUGCAUGCGCAGGGCCAGCCUAGUGGUUUGGGUCGUGCGAUACAGCAGAUCGUUCCCGUGUAUGUUACACAGGCGGAGGCCAUCGGCAUGGAGUUGACAUUUGCAGUGGACAAGACCGCUGCCAUGGUCGCACCCAAAGACAGAGUACGCGACGAUGACUGGACAGGCAUCACCGAUGCCGACGGGCCCUUUCUUUGGGUUCGAACUCUCACUCCAGCCCCAGAGAUUGGACUUCGAUACUCUCUGGCAGCAAACAUGGUGAGGUUUGGAUCGGCCAUCCACUUUCGCAAUUGGGCCAAACACUAUGUGGCGCUCUGGAGGGCUUUGCACCCUUGGCUAGCCACUAACAAGCAGCCUCACGCUUACCAGGUGCUGCGCACUGCUGAGGCGCCAUCUCCGCCGCUUGCUCUGGCCCUUGCAAGAUCUGUCUUGCUGCGACAGAUCGUCGCGAAGGGGCCUAGCACUCUCGUUCGGCUUUUGUGGGUACAGUGGGAGCAGGAUUCCGCAGGUUCCUGGUUCGGGGCCUUGGUCCAGGAUGUGCGGCAUGCUGCGCAGUACGUCCCGGCAGCUCGCCUCCUGCUUUCCACCACCUGUCCUCUACGUGCUCUGCUGGAGGCUGUGCGAGAUGAUGGUAUGUGGUGGACGAGACAGCUAAAAAAGGCCGCCAAAGUUUUCCAGUCCGAUUUGGACACCUGGGCCCAAGUGGGGCAUAGCCCAGCAACCAAUGAGCAAGAUGAAGCGGCUCCGUCUCCUCCGCCGGACCUUUGCUUUCGCUGCACCCUGUGUCCUGCCGCCUUUCCUCUGAGGAAACAUCUUGCAGUCCACGAGGCGCGUAAGCACGGACUCAUCUCGGUUACCAGGCUCCUUUCCCCAGGCCCGACGUGUCUGGCCUGCAUGAGGCACUACGACUCGACAGAGCGAGCCCAGUACCACCUCAAAAGCUCCCACACAUGCCUACACCGUGUCGCGCGUUUGAUUCCACCCCUCUCCGUUGAUGAAGUUAAAGAUGCUGAGCGUGACUGCAAACGCCUGAAGCGUCAGGUUGUUCAUGGCAAAUGGGAGCUUUAUAAGGCCCCUGAGCAGGUACAGGUCGCGGCGGGACCGAAGCUUCUGACAGCUCAUGAAAGAGUUGCGGCGGAGGGAGAAGAAAUCUCUCUCCGGACGCUGGCUGGGCUCUUUCAUCCCUGCCCGGAUUUCCUGCGUCGAGUUGACGCCUAUAUCGCGGAUCGCUCUCAGGAAGGACCUCGCCGAACAUCGGCUAGCUUCUGGGAUCGCCGACCCCGAUAA